UUGUAUGAAGCAAUCUCAAUAGCCAAAUUAAUAAUCUCACGUUUAUAAUAAAAAAAAGUUUGCUAACUUAAACUUGCAAUUAUUAUCUAUAUCUCAUGCAAUUAUUUAUUAAGCUAAAAUAGCCUUAAAAUUUUACAAAUCUCGACUAUAGACGCAUGGGUAUGAUUUUAAGCGCAUUUUGAUUUAGGGCAUUUGUGAACCCAAAGGUCCCUGACCUUUACAAAAGCCCAUGGCUAUUAAUCCAAUCAUCUCGCAAAGCGACAAGCAAUCUGGACAUGGACCCAAGAUUAAGCCCAGGCAGCGAUUUCAAGAGUUGAUAGUUGACGUGAAGCGAAGAUAACCGCUGAAUUCGUUUUGGCGCUAUUCUCCUACUAACUUAUCCAUCCAUUUAUCUAUGGACGCGAUCAUUCAUUUCAAAAGCCAAAACGAGAACCAGAAGUUAACAGAGACAGAAGCAGAGAGCUGCUGCCUGAGAGUGGGAGAGAAUGCGAGGCAUAACGCUCAGGGAGAGCGGAUUGGUUGCUCAUCCACUGUUGCUUCCAUGUCCUAGACCUCCCAACUCUUUCACCUCUCAUUUGCUUUCUUUGAAUGUUAAUUCUCUCGCCAAGAAGCACGCCUCCAAGCUCUCUUCUCGCCACCAAACCCUUCUCUUCUCCAGGUGUUUUAGAAAUUGGUUUGUAAGCACAUGUGAGGAGUUUGGUGGUCUUCGGAAAAAGGUUGCUGCACAUCAGCAUGGCCUGGAAUAUAAGUUUGUUGAUAGCAAGAACAGGGAAGAGAUUAUAGCAUUGGGGCACAAAUCCAAGGAUCAUGCACCUGUGAACAAUAACAUGAUAAGGGGAAAUUAUAUUGCUACAGAUUUGGCAGUCUCAAAUACAUUGUUUAACAAUCUGCUAAAGUUUAUGGUUCUUUUUGUGUUGCUCACAUUUGAAGGCUCACAAUCAGCAGUUGCCCUCUCAGAUAUUGCUAGUGGCUUGCAGUCAAUUCCUUAUGUAGGAGACCUUGGUGAUAUUAGCACAGGUUUUGCUUCAGCAUUCUUGCUGAUAUUUUUCUCAGAACUAGGAGAUAAAACCUUUUUCAUUGCGGCACUUUUAGCUGCUAGAAACUCUGCUGCUGUAGUUUUCAUUGGGACUUUUGGUGCACUUGCGGCAAUGACAAUCAUAUCUGUUGUUCUCGGAAGAACUUUUCACUAUGUUGAUGAAAUACUUCCAUUCAGGUUUGGUGAGGCUGAUCUGCCUAUUGAUGAUAUUGCUGCAGUUUGCCUUCUGGUAUACUUUGGAGUUUCAACGUUGCUUGAUGCUGCUUCAAGUGAUAAUCAAAAAGCAGAAAAUGAACAAAAGGAGGCAGAACUAGCAGUUUCAGAAUUUUCUGGAAAUGGAGCUGGGAUCUUAGCUGCUGCUAAUACUGUUAUUGGCACUUUCCUCUUAGUUUUUGUUGCUGAGUGGGGUGAUAAAUCAUUCUUUUCCACAAUAGCACUAGCAGCAGCCUCUUCACCUCUUGGAGUCAUUGGAGGCGCACUGGCUGGUCAUGGUGUUGCUACUCUGCUUGCGGUUCUGGGAGGAUCUUUGCUGGGAACAUUCUUAUCAGAGAAGGCCAUUGCCUACAUCGGUGGUACUCUCUUUCUUGUCUUUGCUGUUGUAACAUUGAUUGAGAUUGUGAAUUAGAGGUUGGAGUUAGAAACUAAAAUCACAUUUUUGUGCACUUAUCUACUAAGACUUGUUCUUUGCUUCUGUUAUUGAUGACAUCUACAUAUAUCAUGGAUUUAUUACAUACUGAAUCAAAUCAUGAGCUGAAACAUGAGUGGAUAA